AUGGUCCGCAUCUCGCUCCCAAACCGUCUCAAAUCCUACACCAACAGCACGAACAACUCGCGCAGCUCAAGUCCGAACCCUGGUGCGAACAGUAUGAGGAAGACGAAUAGUGGCUCGGAUGGAGGUCCGGACGGUGCGAAGGUCAAUGGAUUGAUGUUGAAGGUGGUGGUUAUCAAGGCCAGGAAUCUAGCAGCAAAGGAUAGGAGCGGUACUUCUGACCCAUAUCUUGUCCUGACGCUGGGCGAUUCGAAGAACGCAACGCAAUCCGUCCCCAAGACCCUCAAUCCAGAAUGGAACGUCACCGUGCAGAUGCCAGUCAACAACGUCAGCGCCCUCCUCCUCGACUGCGUGUGCUGGGACAAAGACCGCUUUGGGAAAGACUACUUAGGAGAAUUCGACCUGGCACUCGAGGACAUAUUCACAGGCGACAAGGUCGAGAUCGAGCCACAAUGGUUUACGCUCUCUAGUAAACGCACUGGAGGGAAGAAGAGCAGUAAUGUUUCAGGAGACGUUCAGCUGCAGUUCACGCUCUACGAUUCGAGCAAUGUGUCUGCGACGCCCGCACAGAUUCUAGAGAAGUUCCGUACGUUGGCUGGAGUGGUGGAUCUGCCGGAUACGCCCGGGAGACCACCAAUGGGUGCUACAGAGGCAGAUGAAGAUCUUGAUUUCGACGACGAUGAUGAGCCAAGUGACGAGACCGACGAUCCUACAAAGCCCGAGAAUGCAGAGAAGAGACGCAGGAAAUUGAGAUUGAAAGGUUUGCGGAAGAAGAAGCAAUUGAACGCCUACGAAUUUACUGGUGGUAGUGAGGUGGUGGGCAUUGUCUUCUUGGAAAUUGGAAAGAUUACCGAUCUACCGCCCGAACGCAACAUGACCAGAACUUCGUUCGACAUGGAUCCGUUCGUUGUAGCUUCGUUAGGCAAGAAGACGUACAGAACUCGAGUGAUCCGGCAUAAUCUGAACCCGGUGUUCAACGAGAAGAUGAUCUUCCAGGUGUUGAAGCAUGAGCAGACAUACUCGCUAUCUUUCACUGUCAUUGACCGUGAUAAGCUGUCCGGAAACGAUUUCAUCGCAGCUAGCGUUCUGCCCUUGAAGGAAAUUACGGAUACUGCGCCAGAUGCCAACCCCGAGACUGGUCUGUAUUCUCUUAAGGAACCUCCGGAUCCAAGCGCUUUCCCGGCCCAGCCCAAUAGAUCAAGAUUCAAGUUGCCGUUAUCCCGCUCGACAUCAUCCCAAAGUUUGAAAGGAUUGACCCGACCUACCCUGCCAACCAGAACUUCAGCCCAGAAUGUGUCAUACAACAGCAUCAAUUCAGGAACAUCUACGCCAACGCCUGGUCCGGCGCCAACAAGCAACCCAGCCGGGCUUCAACCUGGUGAUAACGUGCCUGUGCCAAAUGCUGUGGACAACGAUGAUGGAGUUGAUGGAAACGGAGACCCUGACUUACACUCCUUUACGAUCCCGUUGAAAUUGAAGAAUGCCGAGAAAUGGGAGGAGAAGCACAGUCCGCAGCUAUUCAUCAAGGCUAAAUAUGUUCCAUACCCCGCACUUCGUCAACAGUUCUGGAGAGCUAUGUUGAGACAGUACGAUACAGAUGAGAGCGGAUGUAUCAGCAAGGUUGAGCUUACUACUAUGCUUGAUACGCUGGGCUCGACGCUGAAGGAGUCUACCAUUGACGGAUUCUUCAAACGUUUCCCACAUGCGGCUACGAACGAUGGUGAGGCUAAUGCGGAGAUGAGUUUCGAUGAAGCUGUUAUCUGUCUUGAGGAUCAAUUGGACCAGAAGUCUAAGCCGCAACAAUCUAUUGCAGAUAGGAUGAAGAGCCAUCUCCCUCCACAGCUCGGAGGAACCUCUGGUCAAACACCUGCUUCUUCGUCUGUCUCGGGAACCGGAUCUUCUACUCCUUCCAAUUAUGACAACAAUACCAACCCAUCACAACUCAGUGUCGAGGCACAGAGUGUGGAAGAGCUUGCCACUCCCGGGGAAGAAGGAGAGUAUCUUGAUAGAGACGAUUUGAACGAUAAGGGUGAAGAACAUGUUGUUGAGAUCAGAGAAUGUCCCAUCUGUCAUCAGCCUCGUCUCAACAAGCGUUCCGAUGCCGAUAUCAUCACCCACAUCGCUACCUGUGCAAGUCAGGAUUGGCGUCAAGUCAACAAUAUUGUCAUGGCUGGUUUCGUCACAGCUAGUCAAGCCCAGAGAAAGUGGUACUCCAAGGUCAUCACCAAGAUCUCUUACGGCGGCUACAAGCUUGGUGCAAACUCUGCCAACAUUCUCGUACAAGACCGUAUCACUGGUCAAAUCAACGAGGAGCGAAUGAGUGUGUAUGUCAGACUGGGUAUUAGGCUGCUAUAUAAGGGACUGAAAUCUAAGGAUAUGGAGAAGAAGAGAAUUCGCAAGCUCCUGAAAGGCCUGUCAAUCAAGCAAGGUGUCAAAUACGAUGACCCAGCCUCGGCCAGUGAAAUUCAAGGCUUCAUCAACUUCCAUCAACUUGACAUGUCCGAGGUCUUGCUCCCAAUCGAAAAGUUCAAGAGCUUCAACGAGUUCUUCUACCGCCAACUCAAGCCCAAUGCUCGACCAUGCUCCGCCCCAGAUAACCCUCGCAUCAUCGUCUCUCCCGCCGACUGUCGCUCUGUUGUCUUCAAUCGCAUGGACGAAGCCACCAAGAUCUGGGUCAAAGGCCGAGAGUUCUCUAUUGAGCGCCUCCUCGGCAACGCUUAUCCCCAAGACGCCGAACGCUACAAGAAUGGUGCUCUGGGUAUCUUCCGUCUCGCUCCCCAAGACUACCACCGCUUCCACAUCCCCGUCGACGGCGUCAUGGGCAAACCAGUCACCAUCGAAGGCGAGUACUAUACCGUCAACCCAAUGGCUAUCCGCUCUGCACUCGAUGUCUACGGCGAGAAUGUCCGCAUCGUCAUUCCGAUCGACUCAGUCGCUCACGGUCGAGUCAUGGUUAUCUGUGUGGGCGCCAUGAUGGUGGGAAGUACAGUCAUCACACGCAAGGAGGGUGAGAAUGUCAAACGUGCCGAGGAACUUGGGUAUUUCAAGUUUGGAGGUAGUACUAUUCUGGUGUUGUUUGAGGAGAACGCUAUGCGCUUUGACGAUGACUUGGUUGAUAAUAGUAGCGGUGCGCUGGAAACAUUGAUCCGCGUCGGCAUGUCUAUCGGCCAUCAUCCCAACCAAGGCCAGCAUACUCCCGAUAUGCGCAAGAAAGACGAGGAUAUCACCGAAGUCGAGAAGGCCGAGGCUAAGCGGAGAAUCGAGGGCAGUAUCGUGCAGGAGGGCAAGGGGAGUGGAGGUGCUGGAAAGCCGACGGUUGCUAGUAUGGCUGGGUAGAUGGAAGAUGAAAGGUGGAAGAUGGAAGAUGGAAGAUGGAUUGGGGAUGGUGGUACCUAUGAUAUGAGUGACUUGGGAAGUGUGAGUGUGGGAAGGGUUGUGAAAGAAGGAAGGAAGGAAGGAAGGAAGGAAGGAAGGAAAGGAAGGGUUUGAUGGGAUUGUGAAUUGUGAUUGUGGAUUGUGAUUGUGAUUAUGAUUGCAUAGACGUUCAACAUUUGAAGUGCUCGGGUUGAAUGGGCUUGAUUGGUUUUGGGGUUGGGUCGGGUUGGGGUUGGGUUGCGUGCGGUUUGUUUGUUUGUUUACUUUCCGGGGGUUUUUAACUUUACUUUCGGGGUGCGUGCGGUUUAAACUUCUUCGAUGGGGUUUGAUACAGUAUCAUAGGUAGGAGGGGUGUGUGUGUGGAUGUGUGGAUGUGUGGAUGUGUGGAUGUGUGUGUGUGUGUGUGUGUUUGGUUCGACCAUACAUAGGAAGCAAGCAAGUGAGCAAGCAAGCAACAAAAACGUAAAGCCAGCCAGACAGACAGGCAGACAGCAAGGCAGGCAGGCAGGCAGGUAGCAGCAGCAGACAGCGAAAUGAAAACAAACAAACAAACAAACAAACAAAUAAACCAAUAAAGCGACGAGAAGCCGAGAAGCCGAGGAAAAGUAAAACGAGAAAAGCGAAAGCGACAGCGGAGUAAGUAAUGAAUAAGAAUAAAAAUAAGAAUAAAAAUAAAAAUGGAA